AACAGGUUUGACUGUUUGAACUGCAAACAACAACAACACCGUUUCACCAUUACGCAGUUAUAAGUCAGCACCUUGAAGAUGCAUAAACAAAGUCUUUUCAUUUUACGCAUGAGAAGUUUUCGAGCUCUAAAUCAUAAAAAUGUCGAGGCAGUAACUCAAAUAUCCCAAUGCAGCCAUUACCAUCAGGUACUGAACACUAAAAUUUCUGUAGUUAAAAUUAAUUAUGGUUUAUAUUUAAUUAUUUAUAUAUAGUAUAGAAUUAGUCGUAAUUAGCCUAUUUAUCGGAAAUUUAGACGACAUUCAUGUGGAUUACUAACUACGGACGGUCUGUUUUCGAGUUCGACUUAGCCUUGGGGUAACUAGGGCCAGGGACACCUGCCUAAGAGGACUUGGCCGGGCUUGCCCUUGGCCUUAGCCUUGCCUUUUUAGUCUUAGUUUAGUAGAUGGAGAUAGAAGAAGGCUCGGAAGGUCGCCAUGUCCCUACCCUUCCGACUAGCACUAAACCAUUAAUUAAGUGUUAAAAUAUAGUUCCUUAGAAUAACUGAAGUAGAUAACUUUUGAAAUGUGCUAGAGUAGAGUACGCCACAGUGCCAGUCACAGAGACUUAAUUUUCAUAACAUUUAAACUUUUUAGACAGUGUUUUUGCCUUUAACUUUAACCUAAUAAAAUCCAUAACAAAAAUUAUAAACUCUGCUCUGCACAAUGAGUGACACUGCACAUGUAUUAUACUCUAACAUGUUAAAGUUCAGUGAAAAUGGAAAAGUAAAAGCGUUUCCUUGUUUCACAGUUAACUUGUUUAUAUAAAUAAUACUGACUUAUUUCAUUAUAAUCAUUAUUUUACUAUAACUACGAAAACUUUAAGUACAAAUCAAAAUCAUCUUUUUUGUCCCAAAACAAAAACUAUGGAACAAUUUGUAAGAGACAUAAAAAAAAAAAAUUUAAAAUGUACAACUUCAUGCAUCUUUUGUUAUAUACGGCUUCGGAAGCUUUAAAUUGAAAAAUGCUAAUAAUCGUUCGUCAUCAUUGGCUAACAUUGUCAUAAUGUGAGGGGGGUUUGAAUAUAAAAGUAAAAAUUAAUAUCUGGCCAAAGUCCCAGCCAAGUAAAGAAUUUAAAAUUAAGGGAAAAAAGAACUGUAACUAGUAAGAUUGAAAAUACCUACUCUAUAUAAGAUGUAUAUUAAAAAAAUUUAAUUGCUUAAAUAUAGAUGCACAUACACACAUGCAGUUGAAUCUUGGUAUUAUGUGAUAUUUGGUGGUUGGUAGGGGGGGGGGGAGGUUCAUUCAGGGUUUAACUAUAUUUUAAUGUGAACUACUCCUAUCACUACUAGUGCAUCCCAGUGUGCCAGAGGAGACACCUAUCAACUUACAUAUACCACACUCUCACAUAAGCUUUGAUUCCAUGUGGACAAUAUUGGGAUUUUUACAGCAAAUAAAGCGGACAUUAUUUAUGUCCAAAUGAUUGCAUCUGGUAACACCACCCAGCCCAGCCAACAUAAUGGCUUUGGUUCUUUCUCUUUUUUUUUUUUAAAUAUCAGGAAUGAAAGCCACAAUCAAAUUAUAAUCAAAUUUCCCAUCUGGAAAAUGAAGUUAAAUAUUUUUAAUACUUUUAUGUACUUGGAGAAAGAAAAAAAGACAUGUGUCAAAGGAUAUACAAAUUUCAUGAACCAUGCCACUACAGUGUUCUAUCCACAUUCUUGUUAUUGCAGAGUUCCACUGUACUGUAACUGAACUACAAAACUUAUUCAAUUCAGUUUUACACAAGAGAAUAAAAUGAAAAGUGUACCCAAAUAGUACUGAUGAAGAAGUACGUUUUUGCAGAUUAUUUUAGCUCCAUUAUCACAAAUCAUUAGACACCCCCUCAACCCCCCCCCCACCCCAACCCCCCCAAAACAUAAUUACAUUACAAAUCUCAAUAGACUCAAAAGUUCAGAAGAGAACAGUUUUAAAAAAAAGAAUAAAAUGAAAAGUGUACCCAAAUAGUACUGAUGAAAAAGUACGUUUUUGCAGAUUAUUUUAGCCCCAUUAUCACAAAUCAUUAGCCCCCCCCCCAACCCCCCCCCCCACCCCAACCCCCCCAAAACAUAAUUACAUUACAAAUCUCAAUAGACUCAAAAGUUCAGAAGAGAAAUUCACUCUUUCCAUAAUUUUUUUUUUACUUUCCCACUCCCCACAGACCCGUCUCCUAGUUUUCAAUGUAAUUUAUCCCAAUUGUCAAUGUCACUGCCCUUCGACUGUUAGCCUUCAUGCUGUCCUGUAUCUUGAUGGGUCCAGAUGGAUGGUCAUUCACACACUUGAUGGUCCACCAGCUCUCCUCAUUUCUGAUAGUUCAAAAAUGAAAACAUUGAGUCAAAUAUAAUCAUCAAUCAAACAGCCACAAAUGGCAAAGAAUGAAAUUUAAUAUUUAAAAUUGCUGUUUAGAUAAAAUUAUGGUAAAUAUUACUGUAACUCAGUGCAAGUUCAUAAUUUAUGGAUUGCCCCAAAGUGGAGAAUCUAAAGAAAGACAAUAACCUUCAUGUCAGCAGUUUGAGCAGAGCACUGGGGUUAGUCUAAAAUAAAUAGAUUAAAUAAAUCACCUGACUGCAUUGUAAUUCAGAAUUCCAACCAAAUUUUAACUUGUCAAAUAAUAAUGGAGUCUAACAUUAGAAAAAAAACAACUAAACGCUUCUAAAUAACAAUGCAGUAUGAAUCAAAAUACAAGUGAGAUCACAGAUGAUCAAAUGAGAAGAGAGCAUUGGGAAAAGGGCUGGCCAAUACCCAAUGUGUUUUUUUAUGAAUCUGAAAUAUAUACAUCAUUUUAUGUUCCUUUUUAAAAUUGAUUCAAGACCUAUUUAGUUAUCUUAUAUGAAUUAAGUUACAUCUGCUCUUUAUUAAUUAGAAAAUACUUCUGGUAUCUUUUUGUUCAACAGUUGAGUGGAAAUAACUCUAAACACAUUAAAGUUAAAGAGACUUUGAACAGGAAAAUAAGACCUCUGUUACAAUUACAAGCACUCAGUGUGUAUCAGGAAAGAACUUUCUGGGGCAUUGAUGUUGCAUUUAACAAGUAGGUCACCACUUUAUGCUAUUUAUAGUGUUUGCUUAAUUAAAAUUGUGAAGACUUUAUUACAGAGGGAGUUCAAAUCUAGCUAAAGACCUUCAAAGGCCCCUAGUCCUAGACCUAGACCUAGUCCUAGACAGUCAAAACUGUUCUUCCCCCAGUGACGUUCUUAGGGUAUGUUAAGGUUGCAUUUAUUUGUAUGGUUAUGAGCUGUCCUUUUAUUGUUUUACUGUUUUGGGCCUGACCUAGUGGUCAAUAUGCCACCACAAAGAAAGCUAUCAAAAUAUUUUUAAACAUGAGAUUCAUUUAUAAAAUACUCAUUUUCUGAAAGGUAUGUAUGCUCUUGAUAAUAAUUUGUGCAAAGAACAAAUGAGUUUACCUCAUUUCUAACCUCCAUAUUUGAUGUUUUGUGUGUGUUUGUUUCUUCUGCAAGCUGUUUUUUCUUCCUCAGUCAUUGUAUUUCCCCAUGAAAAUACAUCAGAAGAUAUUCUUUAUUAUGAUGCUAGGAGUUUGAUGUGAAAGUGACAGCUUUGCAAGUAUAUAUUAACGUGUAUUUAAAUUAGGGUUGACGAGGAGAGGGUCAAGCUGGCAGGUGCAGACAGAGCUGCUGCAGAAUGGGUCCUGAGGAAUGGAGGCAGCAUCAAGUGGAGCACAUCAAGUACACAGCUUAGUGACUUCAACCUUUUACCAAGCACUGAAUUUGAGAACUACAAACUUGAGGAGAUAGACCUCACGGCCACUGACGUUAUCAGUUUAGGAUUUGAACAUUUGAGUGAGACACUGCGUUUAGUUUUGACAUUCUAAUGUUUGGGGUUAUUUCAUGAAGUCAUUUUAACAUUUGAGUGAGACACUUGCCUUUAGUUUUGAAAUUCUAAUUUUUGGUUUAUUUCAUGAUGUCAUUUGAACAUUUGAGUGAGACACUGCCUUUAGUUUUGACAUUCUAACUUUUGGGGUUAUUUCAUGAUGUCAUUUAAACAUUUGAGUUAGACACUGCCUUUAGUUUUGAAAUUCUAAUUUUUUGGGUUAUUUCAUGAUGUCAUUUGAACAUUUGAGUGAGACACUGCCUUUAGUUUUGAAAUUCUAAUUUUUUGGGUUAUUUCAUGAUGUCAUUUGAACAUUUGAGUGAGACACUGCCUUUAGUUUUGACAUUCUAAUUUUUUUUGUUUAUUUCAGGAUGUGAUUUUCUAACAUAUUAGUAAACAGAAUGCUUAUUAGCAAUUAAUUUUUGUUUAUCCCCUUUUGCAGAAAAUUUGGAAGAUGUCAAAAAGAUUAAAAUUCAUUCUUGCCGCUCAGUUUCGGAUGAUUCCCUUGAAUGUCUUGCAUAUGUCGGCUCCACCCUGAAAUUCCUAGAAAUAAGUAACUGUCCAAAUAUCACAGAUAAGGGUUUGGACCAUUUGAUUCAGCUAAAGUAAGCUUUCAGUUAUAUUCUAACUUAAUUACCAAAUUACUUAAAUAUUUUUCUCCUAACCCUGCCGUUUGUUCCUGUGUUCAUUGACCUUAUUUACCACCCAAGGAACAAUUUAAUUUCUGUUAUGCUGAAGUUGACCCACUAUUUAAGUAGUAUUCAAGUCCUGGAUUCCACGUCAAAAUAUAUGCAUAAUAAAAAUCAUAACCAAAGCGAUUUAUUUUUUGCUGUCUGAAUUCUAUGUCACAUAAUAGUAAUAAUCUAUAUAUAGAGACGUUAAUUAAUGUUCUUUUUUCUUCCUUUUUUUCCCCUAAUGACAGGAAGCUGGAACACCUUGUCCUUUAUGACCUGCCAGCUGUACCUAGCUUAACACAAACUGUGUCUAGACUACAGAAAUCAAUGCCUUGGUGCAAAAUUGAUACUGCCCCAGACUCACAGAGUCUCAAGACUUGAUUCAAAAGUGAAUUAACAUUUACCGGCUAUUAAAAAAAUAAGAUAUUACAUAGUGUACAAAGAUGGGGGAAGGCUUCUGUAAUGAGAGAGAUUGAAUAGCUUAGUUGACCCCUCCACUUUAAGUUUAAGCAUAAAAAGAUGGCUUUUGUAAAUGUUUUUUGGAUUCCAUCGGACCAUGUGGCAGUUCAAUUAUUUUGUCAUGCUCUUAGCUACUCUUUUUGUGGAUACACAAUUAAUUAACAUUACAUAAAUAAAUCAGUUUUAGUGAAACUUGAAAUAAUUUUGAAUUCAUCAAAUCAAAUUCAUGUUUUAUUGUUAUUUUUAAAUCAUAGUCAGCUUUCUUCCCCCUCCCUCCACCACCCUUUUUUUACAUUUUUUUACAUUUGAAUUGGUCUGAAGCAGUCAGAGACAGACUGCUUUCUUUUAUUUUGUAUGGUUUAUAGUAAAAUAUGUGUUCAUAUAACUGUUGAUUUUACAAGUUAAUUGCCCACAUUAGGAAACUCGGACUGAACUAUGUCCAUAUAGUUUUUUUUUAAAUCUUAAUUAAGCCAGUCUAAAUAUAAAAUUGAUGUGUGAUAAUUUGUUAAUUUGUCUUAAUAAAGUAAUUAAACAUUUCUUGGCUUUGAGUCACUUAUCCAAUAAAGCCAUCAUCAAAUGUCUAG